AUGACAAUUAAAACGAUCAGUCUCGAAUCCGUACUCUGUUUAAUCCGUCGUCCUGAGUUUCUUCACGACGGAAGUCGGAAAGCGGAAAUUGUGAGCUCGCGUUCUGUCGCAUAAUCUCGUGAUUCACAAUCGGAAACUGCGGAUCCUAUUAAACGGGACGAGCAAUCUCGCAAUAGCGCGAGGUUUCGAUCGAAGGAAGCUCAUCAGCCGAUCAUAUAUGCGUUACGUCAGGAAAACGAGCAAAAUUAUCCAACUGCAAUUUCGCACGUUCCUACCUGUUAAUAAGCGUGAUUAAGCGCUAAAGCUUCCGUUUUGUACAUAGAUUUUCGAAAGAAUUGGGUGAUUCGUUCCACGUCUUGAAAGAAGCGAUAAAGAGGUCUUAUCCAAAAAUGCGACCGCAUCUUCUCGUCCUGUUCCUCUUCCUGUCUGCGUCGUCUGCGGAGCAGCGACGUGUUAAAAGUGACGAGGAGAAGUGUCACGAGGAGCAUCCAACCUUGCUCCAUUAUUUCUCAUGGGCGGAUUACGCGGUGCUUGCUACAAUGCUGCUGGUCUCGUGUCUGAUCGGCACCUUCUACGGUUUCUUCGCCAAGAAACAGGAGACCAGCCAGGACUUUCUGCUGGGCGGGUCCAGCAUGGGCACGUUUCCCACCGCGAUGUCGUUGGCCGCCAGCUUCAUCACGGCUAUUGAACUUCUGGGAAAUCCCGCGGAGAUGUACGGACAGGGUACUCAAUUCUGGAUGACCUGCGUCUCUUUCAUACUCGUGGUACCGAUCACCUCUCGCUUGUACCUGCCGGUGUUCAUGAAAUUAAGGCUGACUUCGAGCUAUGAAUAUCUGCAUCUACGCUUCGAUCGGCGCUGCCGUUUGCUGGCGAGCGCGUUAUACAUGUUGCAAAUGGUGCUGUACACGUCGGUAGCUGUUUAUGCGCCCGCGUUAGCGCUAAGUCACGUCACGGGCCUGAAUACUUACAUAGCUGUUACUCUAGUCUACGUAGUCUGCAUUUUCUACGCUUCCCAGGGUGGCAUGAAAGCCGUAAUCAUGACCGACACGUUUCAAGCCGCCGUUCUUAUCGGCUCGUUGUUCCUCGUCCUGGGUUACGGAUUGACUUGGGCGGGCGGGAUCACGGCCGUUUGGCGGGAGAACGCGGAUUCCGGGAGGAUAGAACUUUUUAACAUGGACCCCAGUCCGACGGUGCGACACAGCUUCUGGAGUGUCGUCAUCGGUGGUACUUUCUACUGGGUCACUAUGUUCUGCAGCAACCAAGCGUCCGUCCAAAAGUAUCUCAGCGUUGAGAGCAUUUCGCAAGUGAGAACAGCACUCUGGGUGUCUGCGUUCGGCAUGAUUUUAAUUUAUAGCGUAAACUUCCUGACCGGAAUGGUGCUGUACAGCGCUUACAAAGACUGCGAUCCGUUGACCGCUGGAGAUAUAAGCGGCCAGGAUCAAUUGUUACCACUAUAUGUUAUGAAUUUUAUGGGAAGUCUUCGUGGUGUGCCCGGAUUCUUUGUCGCCGGAAUCUUCGCUGCCUCUCUAGGGACCGUGGCAAGUGCUUUGAAUUCUCUGGCGGCGAUAACCUGCGAAGACGUUCUUCGUGGGCUCUUCCGAAUGGAAUUACCGGCAAGCAGAGGCGCUAUUUACGCCAGAUGGAUCAGCAUAUUUUUCGGGAUUCUCAGCUUUGCCCUAGUCUUCGUUGUCGAGCGACUCGGUAGCGUUUUGCAGGUCGCAUUGUCUUUCAACGGCAUGGUGGGCGGUGUGACUUUGGGAUUAUUCUCCUUGGGAAUGUUUGUACCAUGGGCCAAUGCUAAAGGAGCGAUAGUAGGUGCUAUCACGAGUUUAACAGCCGUUUUGUGGAUCGGUUUAGGCGCUCAAGUUGCGGCUAUAAACGGGCAGAUUCGAUUGGAUGGUAAACCCACGUCAAUCGAAGGGUGUCCCUGCAUAAACCAGACCGAAUUCGAGAUUCUGGAGCUGUCCGAGCCUCACCUUGAUAAUGAAGUUUUAUCCAUAUACAAGACUAGUUACUUGUGGUACAGCGCGAUCGGUUGCAUGUUAACUAUGCUGGUAGGAGUGAUAGUGAGCUUCAUCACGGGUGCUCAGAAUCCCGCUGACGUCGACCAAGAUUUCCUGAGUCCGCCGAUUGCUGCCAUGUUCCGCAUGCAGACGAAGCCUAACGCCGCCAUAAACCGGGUGCAGGGUAUCGUGAAUCUGGGCUUGGAGCCGGAUGAAAAGCCCCAGCAAGUAGACACUUGCAAGAGUCCGCAGUGAUUCUCCCGCGAGCUUUUGAAAAUUCUGAAGGAAUCAUCGCGAGGAAAUGUCGCCAUAAAAUAGCGGUAACAAAGGCUGGGAUACCUGUCCUGAAUCAAAUAUCACUUAUAGAAUCAAAUGGUAUUCUGGUUUUAACACGCUCGCGUUUUAUACGAUGACGAUCGAGAAACGAUUUUAUAGUGCUAACCACGCGAUACAUGACAGGAAAUUUGUUUGUGAAAACAAUUUCCACACUCGUUGAAGCAGGAAUAUUACUUAAUAAUAAUAUUGCCAGAAUCAAAAUCGAGAAGAUAGGAAUAGUAAGUAAGCGAUAUCGCCAUUUUUUUACAGAGAAGAAACGCACGAUUAAUAUUAUUGUCGAAAUAAUAAUGAUUUGCGACUGAUAAUAUAAUUUGUAUAAAUAUCACGUAGGUGUCCGUGCCAAUGAUAUUUCGCUCAUUACGUCAAAGUUACUUUCCAUGUAAUCGAUUAUUUAUUUCAUGAAAUAUUUCUUGUUUAUUUUACAUAUAUAGCAAA